GGCGCGUGCGCUCUCCGGCGCACGGGCAACGGCCGGGACGGAACGUUACAAGCUGGGCGUGCUGGUUUCCUUAGAAACGGAGCCGCGCCGGGGAGGCGGUGGAGAAACGUCGACUGCAGUGGGGCCCCUGGUGAAGCCAGGAUGCCGUCUAAGGGAAAGGACAAAAAGAAAGGCAAGAGUAAAGGCAAAGACAAAGACAAGAAGAAGAUAAUAAAAGCUGAUGAAUCUACAGUGGACAGAGCCAAGGCCAAUGCCUCCCUUUGGGAGGCCAGGCUGGAAGUCACAGAACUCUCUAGGAUUGAGUAUCGUGAUACUUCCCGGAGACUGGCAAAAAGCAAUGAGGACUUAAAGAAACAGCAAUAUAAAAUGGAGAAAGAUACAAUGUCUGUAUUAAGUUACCUGAAGAAGCAGGAUCAGGAGAAAGAUAAUAUGAUUGAAAAACUGAAACAGCAACUGAAUGAAACAAAGGAAAAAGCCCAAGAGGAGAAGGAAAAAUUGGAACAAAAGUAUACUGUGCAAAUAAAUGAGCUGGAGGGACAGUUCCAUCAAAAAGCUAGAGAAAUUGGCAUGAUUCAGACAGAGCUGAAAUCAAUAAAACAAUUCCAGAGGAGAAAAAUCCAAGUGGAGAAAGAAUUAGAUGAUUUGAAGGAGAAUUUAAGGAACACAGAGCGGAAACAUCAGGAGACUCUUAGAAGAUUGGAGGGCAAGUUUUUUGAAGAAAAGCACCGAUUAGAACAAGAGGCUGAAAAGAAGAUAAUAAUGCUGGCAGAGAGAGCUCACCAUGAAGCUGUUGUGCAAUUGAACAAUGCUGGAAGAGCUGUUUUUAAAGAGAAUGUUUAUCUCCAGAAAGCUCUCGCAUACCAUCUGAAGGAAGCUGAUGCUCUACAAAAAAACUCCCAGAAGUUGCAAGAGACUCAGACUUUCCUUUUACAUCAAAAGGAGAUCAAUGAUCUGUUGGUUAAGGAAAAGAUUAUGCAACUUACCCAGCAAAGAUUGCAAAUCCAAACUCUUCAGAAGAAGGUGGUAAACUUGGAGACUGCCCUGAGUUGUAUGACCAGAGAGUUUGAGAUUGAAGUUUGUAAAAUGCAGCAACAGACAAUGAUAGAGAACAAAGCAGGGCUGGUUGAAAUUGACAAGCUGCAGCAACUUCUCCAGAUGAAGGACAGAGAACUGAAUCGAGUAAAGAAGCUGGCCAAGAACAUACUGGAUGAGAGAACAGAAGUGGAAAGUUUCUUUUUAGAUGCUCUACACCAAGUGAAGCAACAGAUCCUAUUUAGCAGGAAGCAUUAUAAACGGGUAGCUCAAGCUGCUUUCAAUUUUAAAAUGAGAGAGGCAUGUGCAGGAAGAACAGAAUAUCCCAAAAUCCGAACGUUUGAUGGCAAAGAGCACAGCACCAAUAGUGUGAAUCAAGAUCUUAUGGAGGCUGAGAAAUGGACCGAUAUUCAAGGAAAUGUGGAUAUUGGAGAUUUGACCUGGGAGCAGAAGGAGAAAGUCUUGAGAUUGCUUUUUGCAAAAAUGAAUGGUUUUGUUCCUAGGAAAUACAGCCAGCGUUCUAGGCCCCCAAUUCCAGACCAUGUUAUUCCUGAUGAUGGAGAGACAAAGGAAUUUGGGGAUGACAGUAAGCUUCAAGAUCAAACCUUCAUCACUCAGCAAGUACCAAUCUCAGACUCUUCUGGUGAAGUGAUGAUACCCAAUAUUCAGAAAGGAUCACGAGAGUCUGACAUAGUAAGGAGUCUGUAA